AUGAACGUUGUAGGCGCCAGUGUUUCUGAGGCAUUUUAUGCUGCUCAUGAAACCAGAGAUAUCGUAUUACCAAAUCAAACAGAACACGUCUCUCAAAUUGCUGUGGAUAUUGGUGGAUCUCUGGCCAAAGUUAUUUAUUUUACACUAUCGGCAGACCGCAAAGGAGGCCGCCUUCAUUUCAAAAAGUUUGAAACUGAGAAAGUGGAUGAAUGCAUCGACUACAUAGUAGCAUUGCUCAAGGAUGCCCAACAUUACAAUGUGCAGCAUGUGUUGAAAGCGACGGGAGGAGGAGCCCAUCUGUAUUACGAUAGACUGGCAUCCAGACUGCCUGGUGUGGUGGUUCAAAAGGAGGACGAGAUGGAGUGCUUGAUCACCGGCCUUAGUUUCUUCAUUACAGAGAUACCCUAUGAAGUGUUCACCUACAACGAGCUGGAUGCUGAUCCUAUUCGAUUUGAGGAAAAGACCAAAGAUGUAUACCCAUAUAUGCUUGUAAAUAUUGGCUCAGGUGUCAGUAUUCUCAAGGUGGAUGGUCCUGGACCGAAAGAUUUCACUCGUAUUAGUGGAACCUCGCUGGGCGGUGGUACACUGUGGGGUUUAUUGUCCAUGCUGACAGAUGCUUCGUCUUUUGAUGACAUGUUGGAAAUCUCAAAGACGGGCGACAAUAAAAACGUGGAUUUGCUAGUUGGAGAUAUAUACGGUUCAGAUUACAGUAAAUUAGGGUUAAAGUCUUCACGGAUAGCCUCGAGUUUUGGCAAAGUAUUCAAAAAGGGCGCACGCCAAAACAAGGACAAUUUUGCAUCUGGAGACAUUGCCAAAAGCUUAUUGUUCAUGGUCAGUAACAACAUUGGCCAAAUUGCUUAUUUAAACGCACAGCAACAUGGUAUCAAGAGGAUUUACUUUGGUGGAUGUUUUAUUCGAGGCCACCCGAUCACCAUGAAUUCUCUGUCGUAUGCCAUCAAAUUCUGGUCAAAUGGAGACAUGAAAGCACUGUUUCUCCGUCAUGAGGGACAUUUAGGGGCGACGGGAGCAUUUUUAAAACAUCAACCUGUUCGUAAAGCAAGACACUCAUUUUCGUGUUCAGAGAACUACAAGCCCGAUGUAAGCAACAACACUGUGCUUGACGUUUUAGAGAAUUCAGACAACUUGGAGCUUCGUUCAGCAGAAGGCCAUGCAUUGUAA